AUGGAGCGCUGUCUAGACGAGAUUCUCUCGACGGUCGAAGACGCGCGCGAGCCCAUCUCGUACCGUACACUCAGCAUUCGCUCGCAGGUGUCCUCCGCCACCAGUACUGAAGCCCUCACCCGAUUCUCCGCCGAGAACAGCAGCGUCAACGCUUUGCACGUGGUGAUCAAGCCAGCAGUGAAGAACACGCACUUAACGAACGAGACAGCCGCUGCUAAGUGCGAUCCGAGGGCGCGUGUGCUGUCUCUCAGUACCAAAGCGACCGACCAAGUUCAAACGACAGGCGACGUGCUGUGCAGUCACAUUUACGCACUUUAUAACAAGUCCAAGGCCGCAAAAGACGAGACAGACGAGGCAGCCGCUCUAGCGAUCGUCUGUUGGGCGCAAGAGCGCCAAGCGCGCAAUGACGUGCUGGAUAUGCUGGAGAAGGACGCGCCGCUGCUGUCUGCAGCUGCUAAGGCGCUGUAUGAGAGCGGCAUUCAGUGUGCAGAAGCCACGACGCGGCACGGAUUUGAAGGGGACCAGGGGGAAGAGACAGUCUCGGUGUUUGACGCAGCGCCCGCGUCCAAAAAGCUGAACUCUUUGUCGAUCAAGUCGUCGUCGUCGUCGUCAUUUUUCGGCAAAAGUAGCAGCAAGAGAUUGGGAUCUUUACCGGUUAGUAACGGGAACAAGAAGGGAAAGACUAACGAGACCGGGAAGGAGGUACUGGAGAGGAAGAGGCUGGAUAUGAGCACCGUCCUGACUGUUGACAGUGACGAGGACGAGGAAGAGAUGGAUGAAGAGAUGGACGUGCCUGCAUUUGUCAAGAUGAAGACGAAUAAGCGCGUGAUUAGUGAUGAUGAUGACGACGAGGAGGAGGAGAAUGAUGUACUCUGUACAAAACCAGCGGCCAGUUUGAAAGGUACUAGGAAUCGGAAUGUGAAGCGCAAGUUGAAUGCGUCCCCAGUGAAAGGGCUGGACCAAGUGACAGGAUCCGACGACGAGUGUCGAGUAAGCGAGAACAGUGAACAGCGCGUGGAGUCGGACGUUGAAGCGGAUGGUGAUUCGGUUGAGGAGCCCGAGAUUGCUACGAAACGACGAGUUCUUGUCUCGAAGACUCGCAUUAACGAGCAAGGCUAUAUGGUGACAGAGAAGACGUAUGAUGAGGUGGAGCUGACGCCUGAGGAGAUUAGACAGGAACAGAGGAUAGCGAGGAAGAAAGUGGAGGAUGAGAAGAAGAAGAAGAAGACAAUGGCUGCCGCGGAGAAAGCUGCUAAGGCGACGAAAGAGGCAAAGAAGCGUGGCGGUCCGCCGAAACAGCGAGACCUGCGUUCCUUCUUUUCAUCGCAAUGA